CGAUCUUAGCCGAAUGCGCUCUGCGGUGGUUGUAUGCUAACGUGACGCGGAUAGUAGGCGUGGGUACCGUACCUUCAGCGUCGUCUGUCGGUUGUGAAUUCCUUUUUUCGAUUCUACGUUUAUGUGACUUCUACGAAAAUGGAGUUUCGAACAUUCAGGAUAAAUUUACUGGCUGUGUUCGCUCUAUUGAUCUGCGUCGAGCAAGGCCUUUGCAUUAAGUGCUGGGAAUGUAGGUCCGACCUGGAUCCAAAAUGCGCGGAUCCCUUUGACAAUUCCACUGUGUCGCUCGCCGACUGCAAGGAAAAGAAAGAGCUCAGUCACAUGCCAGGAGUGAAGUCGACCAUAUGCCGCAAAAUUCGUCAAAAAGUGAACGGUGAGUGGCGGUACUUCCGCGACUGUGCCUACGUGGGUGAACCUGGAAUUGCUGGAGACGAGCGCUUCUGCCUCAUGAGAACCGGUACUUAUAACAUCUUCAUCGAAUACUGCACCUGCAACAGCAAGGAUGGCUGCAACAGCGCAUCGCACCUAGGUCAGAGUUGGAUCGCGUGGACUCUUUCUUCAAUCCUCGCAGUCUGUGGAUCGCUUGGAUCAUUGGCGAUCAUUUAGGUUCAUUUGCGUUUCUCCAAACUAGGAGACACUUAUUUCGCGGGUGUCAGGUCAACUGAUAAUUCAGUAUACCAAAUGAGUUAAUCCGUCCAUGGAGAACUAGUAAUACCGUCCAGACUAACACGAGUGUUGCUGAUAACUCGUGCGACUGCUCCAAGCAAUCGUUUUUAUAUUUUUAUACGAGUUUACUUAUGAGAGCGCAGAAGGGGCAAAGUGUACCAUAAAGAAAGUGUAAUACCAUUCGCCAUUCGUGCCUUCCACGAAAUACAUUACAUUAGGCUAUACCUUCUCAA